AUGGCAACACAAGACUACUACAAGAUCCUCGACGUGGACCCCAAAGCCAGCCAGCAGCAGAUCCGCGACGCGUACAAGAAAUGCGCGCUCAAGCACCACCCGGACCGCGUGCCCGCCGACUCGCCCGAGCGCAGCGCCCGCACCAAGCGCUUCCAGUCCAUCAACGACGCCUACUACACCCUGUCGGACCCCACGCGGCGCCGCGAGUACGACGCCGCGCGCUCCUACAACCACUGGACCGGCAGCACCGCCACGCCCGACGACAGCUGGGACGAUGAAGUCCCGCCCGCCGACGCAGGCGCCGGGCAGUCGAGCGGGGGCUUCGGCGGGUUCCCCUGGAGCGCCUUUGGCUUCGGCGGCAGCGGCAGCGGCAGCGGCGACAAGCCAGCGGGCAGCACCGAGGAGUCGCACAACCAGUUCAGCGAAGAGCAGUUCGGCGGCAUAUUCGAGGAGAUGCUGCGCGAGGAGGGCAUGGCGGACCAAGACGCCGGCCCCACCGGUAAGUUCUGGAGCGUGGUCGGCGGCCUGAGCGGUGGCGCCAUGGGCUUCAUUGUCGCAAACUUCCCUGGCAUGGUCGCUGGUGCUGUCGCGGGGAAUCGACUGGGCAGCGUGCGCGAUGCAAAGGGGAAGAGCGUCUACGCCGUCUUUCAGGAAAUGCCGCAGGCGGAUAAGGCGAGGUUGCUGAGCAGUCUUGCCGCCAAGGUGUUGAGCUCGGCGGUGAGUGGGUGA